UACAGGUCAAAUUUAGGGGAUUCCCCAACGCGUGGAAGAAAAGUAUAAAAAUAUUGUGCUGGCAAACUAGAUACUUAACACCCACGRCAAUAACAAAUGUGAAUUUACAUACCGAGUUAGCUAGCUACACUUCACCGGCAGCACUGUGCAAUCAAGAGUUUCGGGGUAAUCAGAUCGGAGAAGCCCCGGUUGGCUUUUCUUCCCUGCGUGCUGCUUUGAGGUGCUAGAGAACGCUAUCAUGGCUGAUCUGGCGGAGAACGUGUCUCUUCCCCUCAGCCAAGAGUCUUUCGAGGACCUGUGGAAAAUGAAUUUGAACCUGUUGGCAGUUCCAUCACCUGUAACCUCGGCUUGGGGGGAAUAUGGUAAUUUCAUGAUGGAGACCCCUCUCCAGGGGGAAUUUGAUCCGAGUCUGUUUGAGGUGUCUGCAACAGAGCCUGCACCCCAGCCAUCCAUCUCUACCCUGGACACUGGCUCGCCACCUACCUCCACCGUACCAACCACCUCUGACUACCCCGGGGCCCUGGGGUUCCAGCUCCGUUUCCUCCAGUCCAGCACAGCCAAGUCCGUCACUUGCACAUACUCGCCAGACCUGAACAAGUUGUUUUGCCAGUUGGCGAAGACUUGUCCAGUUCAGAUUGUGGUGGACCACCCUCCUCCUCCUGGGGCAGUGGUACGAGCCCUGGCCAUCUAUAAGAAGCUGAGUGACGUGGCUGACGUGGUGAGACGCUGCCCUCACCACCAGAGCACCAGCGAGAACAAUGAAGGUCAUGCCCCGCGAGGUCACCUGGUCAGAGUUGAGGGGAACCAGCGAGCAGAGUAUAUGGAGGAUGGUAACACUCUGAGACAGAGCGUGCUCGUCCCCUAUGAGCCUCCUCAGGUGGGAUCAGAGUGUACCACUGUGCUCUACAACUUCAUGUGCAACAGCUCCUGUAUGGGCGGGAUGAACCGCAGACCCAUCCUCAACAUCAUCACCCUGGAGACACAGGAGGGCCAGCUCCUGGGCCGGCGCUCCUUUGAGGUGCGUGUGUGUGCCUGUCCUGGUCGAGACAGGAAGACAGAGGAGAUCAACCUGAAGAAGCAGCAGGAGACAACCCUGGAGACCAAGACCAAGCCUGCCCAGGGAAUCAAACGCUCUAUGAAGGAGGCCUCCCUGCCUGCCCCUCGGCCUGAGGCCAGUAAGAAGACCAAGUCCUCCCCUGCUGUGAGCGACGAUGAGAUCUACACUCUUCAGAUUCGAGGGAAGGAAAAAUAUGAGAUGCUGAAGAAGUUCAAUGACAGUCUUGAACUGAGUGAGUUGGUGCCUGUUGCCGACGCUGACAAAUACCGUCAGAAACGCCUCACCAAGAGAGUUGCCAAACGGGAAAUGGGAGUGGGGCCGAAGAAAGGGAAGAAACUACUGGUGAAGGAGGAGAAGAGCGACUCUGACUGAGAAGGAGAGCGAGUCGUUCCAUGUCAUUUCAGCACGCCGUGACACCCACCAUCUGAUUGUUCUGAAAUUGUUUCUGUAAUUGGAAACAGGUAAGAUUGGCAUUCUUAAAACAUUUUGUUGAUAGGUACAUUUUAUCUUGGAGAAAUUAAGCUUUUUGAUUGCACCCAAGGUGGCCAUUUUAAUUGAUAGGAUUCAGAUAAUAUUCAAGAAAUAUAGUACCCAACAUCUGUUUUGGAUAAAACUGCUUCCUACCAAUGAGUAAGACAAAUAAAUGUCAAACGCCACCUACGGGGGGGGGGGACCUCAUGCCAAGCCCACCCCCAACAUCCAGUUUACAGUUUCAGUUCUGUAUAUUGUAUUAUCUGAAUCCUAUUAAAAUUGCCAAUUUGGGUGCAAUCAAUUAGCUUAAUUUCUAAGAUCAAAUUAUAUUUCAGCAAAAUGUUUCAGGAAUGCUAAUCAUAUCUGUUACCAACUACAGAAAUUAUUUCAGAACAAUCUGAGAUGGUGGGUGUUAAUCCUCUUUCUUGUGCUUUUUGAGGUGGAACGACCCAAGAGAGAGAGAAUUAACCCGUUCUGCUUUGUUUCUAUUCUGCCAAAUAACCUUUUCUAUUGAUUGCGGGAGUACGGUGAACUGUUAAUGCUUGCAGCUUACUAGCCUUAUGUUAGCAAGCUGUUUUAGGACUCUUAAGUGCAGGUCGAGGUUAUUUUUCUGUCAUGCUUAUGGGCAGCUUUGGUGCGCACGUCAGUUGGUUGGUGGCCCAUGCAGAUCCUGAAUCCCUGUUCUAGUUUGACUCACUCUCAGAAGACAAUGAACUCCUGUCCUGUUAGACCAUAUAUGUCAGAGUCAA